GGCAGGCGGCUUGGCUGGCCACCUCUCAGCUGCUGAGCCUCCACCUCGAGCCCCGGCAAGCAUGGGGCCUCGCCUGGGAAUCCUCUGCCUGGUGGCUCUCUCCCUUUGGAGCAUCCUGCAAGGGUCUGGCUAUUACCAGGUGAUGGACUGCUGCGUGAGGACCAGCCCGGUUCCCAUCCCUGCCCACUAUGUCCGAGAUUACCAAGAGCAGCACAUCCAGGAAGGCUGCCCCGUCCAGGCCACCAUUUUCAUCACCGUGAGAGGGAGGCAUCUCUGUGCCCCAGCGCAUGCCGGAUGGGUGAAGCACCUGAAAGCGAGGCUGGACCAGCGGCAUCAUCACCAGAGAGCCUCUUGGUCUCCCUCCUAGACUGUGGAUGUCCAGCUUCCCUUACGGAGUUGGAGCCCGAGAUCAGCACCGGCUUCCUCCAAGCCCUCUCUUCUCUCUGGCGAACCACCAAUCGGGUCCUGUAGGAAUCCUGCAUCCCUGUGUCUUUCUUCCGGCAGGCGCCCCUAAAGUUUUUGCUUUCCCUCCUGCAUCGGCCGGUCUCAGGCCGCUGGCUGAGCCAGACCCCUGAAUUGUCAUUAUCCUCAGAUCUUUGAUAGGUAAAAUAAAAGUUUCUUCAAAUGCCAAA